AUGGACUAUCUUAACAGUCACUUUGUGUCUGUUAAGUCCUUAGCGGGAUUAGACGACAGAAUCUCCGAUCUUCAACAGGAAAGGAAGCAAUUAGUGGCGGCUAAAGAAACCACCACUACGCUCAACCAAGAAAAGCCACCAGCUAGAGCCACCACCCGACAGACAUUUCUUCGAGAAAAGGUGCAACGACUUAGUAAUGGGUUUGAUAUUGCCAGUGCAUUGUCUGAGGUCGAUCUGUUGAUCGAGAAAAACAGUGACGUCGAAGGGUUGACGGAGUUAAGAAGACUCUACUUUGAGAAGCAGAGUGCUUUGAAUGAUAAUCGAAUACUUGCAAUUGGGAGUGAAUUGGAACGGGAAAUCACCCGCUUAGCUGGCGAUGAGAAAGGGAUAUUGAACCUGGUGAUUGACAUUGAUCGUCGUAUCAACAGUUUGAAGUCGUACAAUUCCAAUUUGCAUGAGGUUAUUAGGAAUGAAUUGAGGGCCCAACUUAAUGAGAUUGUUAAUGAGCAGAUGACGGUUUAUAAGAAAGAGCUUUCCCAGUUAUUGAGGGACUGUAAAUGGUUGACGUCAGUCUCAGCAUCAACUUCAACAUCGUUGAAAGACCAAGUAGCUGCAACUGUUCCGUUGGAAGAGAUUCAUGAUAAAGUCAAUGUUCUUAUUCAACUACAAGCUAUAAAGGGUAUACCCAAAUAUCCGGAUACUUGGGUGGGAAUUGAUCUUUUGGUUGAGAUAGUGAUUCAAAAGUUUGAUUAUCAUUUCAAUUCCUUCAAUAAAGAAACAAAUAAGCUUCUGAAACCAGAAUGGGCUUUCAAUUAUAUUGAAUUAUUUCUUGAAAACCAUUUGGAACUCUUGGUGAUGGUCAUAGGCGACAGUUUCCCUCCAUACCAAAAGAUUUCAUCGUAUGAGAUUAUUUCUUCGUUGCUUAAACCACUUCGAGAGAAAAUAUUCUCUACUGUCAAACAACUAGAUAAGACCAUCAAAGAAAGACCUGAGAGAAUAGAGAAGAAUGGAAGACUCUUAACCCAUCUUAUAUUUGAAGUUGUCUCCUUUGACCAACGGAUCAGAAGUACCUAUAAUUAUAAUCCGUAUAUUGAGAAUAUUUAUGAGGUUCCGGUGAAGCCAUGGGAGGGAAUAACUGGAGAUUUACUUCAUAAUCCGGACACUAAUGCUGCCGAUCAAUGGUUUGAAUUUGAACAGAAACUAGCAGAAAGAAGAUUUGAAAGUGAAAUCUUGAACGCCCCCAACGCCAAUGCAAUAGAAUAUGAUUAUAGAGUUCACGAUAAUGUCACUGAUUUAUUUGAAAGAAGACACUUGAAACCAACCGUGGCUGCGUAUAAUCUUAUUAAGCUUUUUGAUAAUUUGACUACCCAUUAUCUGACCAUCAGUAUAGUGAAAUAUCAAUUGAAAUAUGUUUCUAGCAUUCAAUUGAGGUUUAUCGAUAGAUAUUUGGCUACACUUGCGACCUCAUUAAAAAAAUUCGAUGUCAAAUUCAAUUUUAUACCUGGGAACACACCACAACCAAUGGAUGAUGAAGAUAAAGUUUUGGAGACUUUGACCCAGCUCUUUUGUCUGGCUAAAUUUGUGGAAGAGAAUUUACAAAAACGAACCCAAGAGAUUUUGUUUGUUGAGCUUUGGAAUACUUUUAAAGCCAUGGAAUAUGAAAAUAAUGAAUAUAAUGAUGAUAAUAAUGAUUUCGACAUCUUCUCAAGUCUUUUCGACAGCAGCAUUCAACAAUAUACCAAGUUUAUCACCAAAGUCCAGAUCAAAAUCACGGAUUACUUGAAGAAGCAAGCUAAAAACUCAUUGAAAAAAUACGUCAACACUUCUCAAUGGAACAUUCCUGAAUCCGAUGGUGACCUAGAACCUUCGGGAGAUCUCCGUGGACUUAUAGUUAAUGUUUUGAAAGACGCAGACUUAUUAAGGAAAGCAGUAUCUGACUUGGAGUUCUCCUACUUGGCUCAAGUCAUGUUAUCUACCAUAGCAAAGAUUUUCCAAGAGUUUAUUAUCACCAAUAAUAAGUUCUCCGUCACUGGAGUGGAGCAGUUGUCCGUUGACUAUCACUAUAUUCUUUCUCAAAUUGAUAGCCAAUUGUUACUCCAUGAGACAUACAAAUAUUCCGUCGGUGAUAACCAAGACCAUCACACUGUUCUUCAGUCCAUCAGUGUACUUAAGGCAGCCAGUCGUCGUGGUCCAGACCUUGGCCUUAUAAGAAGAGACCUUGAAACUUUUAGAAUGGAAUUCGACAAUCUUCUUCUGGCUUUAUCAAACAGACAAAUCGACGACUUGCUCCAAAGAAUGUUAUAG